UUGCCUCUCUCGCUCCUCGACGGCUGCGACAGCUACCCGCCAUCGAGCCUGGGGUCUGAAAUCGCAGAUCCUGCUGUCCUCGGCUCGAUACGCUCCAUCACUGCCACAAUCGACCAGCUGUCGCUUUGGAUCUGCAUCAUGUCAGCCAUCGCCCGAAUCGAGCAGUUCCGGUCGAGCACCACGGCCGCCUUCAUCGUCGUCUUCGUAGCCUUCUUGGUUGAUGCGGUUGUCUAUGGAGUCGUUAUCCCAAUCCUGCCGAAAUUUGUGACCCAAAAGAUGGGCAUCGAGGAGAAAUAUGUCGGGCUCUUGUUUGCCUGCUAUUCGGCCGGCCUGCUUGCCACCACCCCGGUGGUCGGUGUCCUCUCGGACCGGUAUCGAAACAGACAGAUCCCGAUGCUCGUCGGGCUGUUGGCACUGUUGCUGACGACCCUAGCCUUUGGCUAUGGCGAAACAUUUGGCGUUCUCGUUGCCGCCCGUAUCGGACAAGGCAUUGCCGGCGGAAUCAGUUGGACACGACUGGACGUUGCGAUUGUGCAUAUCCCUCGGCAGCUCUGCAUGUUUGCGGAUAUAUACCCUCCAUCCAAGCUCGGGAUUGCCAUGUCCAAUCUCCUGGCUGCCAAUACCAUCGGCGUCACCGUCGGACCUCCCAUCGGUGGUAUUCUCUAUGACAACCUUGGCCAGCACGCGCCCUUCAUCUUCUGUGCCGGUCUUGCCGGGAUCGACUUUCUGGGCCGGCUGAUGCUCAAGACCAAAGUGGCCGACGCAGCCACGGAUUCAUCGACUGGAGACGAGACGAGUCGGGAUGCUGAAGCGACGGCCCCAAAACGCAAGGUCUCGAUGAUCUCGCUGCUCAAGAAUCCACAGGUUCUAUGUACCUGUGGCUCCGUUCUCUUUGGCACGAUCGCGUUCACUGGCAUUGAGCCGACGGUGCCGAUCUAUGCAGCCCAGCAGUUUGGGUUCAACCCGACCAACAUCGGCCUGCUCUUCCUGGCGAUCGUCCUGCCCAACAUUGUCGCCUCGUACUUUGCCGGCUGGAUCAGCGACCGAUACGGCCGCAAGAACGUCCAGGCAGCCGGGAUGCUGGUGGUGUCGCUCUCGUGCGUCUUUGUCGGGCUGGCACCCACCCUGAGCCUCUUCAUCGUGGCCUUUGCCCUCAUGGGCAUCGGUGUCGGCUUCAACGUCUCGCCAACGCUGCCAGAGAUGGCCGAGUUUGUGGAAGAAAGCGGCGGAGGCGCCUAUGCUCAAAGCUACGCCCUGUUCAACAUGUCCUAUGCCAGCGGCAUGCUCUUUGGCCCCAUCAUCGGCUCGGCACUGGUUGAUCGCUGGGGCUUUGCUGCCCAGAUGUACUUUUUGGCGAUUGCAUUGUUCUUGUACACACCAAUCUUGGUGUAUUUCCACCUCAAGCGGGUCAAGGCCGGGCAUCCAACGUCGGCAGCAGCCCCUGUCCAGGAAGAGCCCGUUGACCACAGCGUACCCAAAGCGAAACAGGACAUCCUGUUCUGAGCCAGAGCCAUUGUUGCUUUCUGGGUCCUGAAUACACGCCACAUUCAUCGCCUGCCAUGACCAAAGA